UUCAUUACUUAGCGAAAUUCCGAGAAGGUUGAAAGUAAGAGCACUGAGAGGAGAGAGACUGAGGCUGAAUUCGAACUUCGAAGUUCCAUCAUCAAAAUGAAGCUCCCAUUUAUUCGUCUCUCUUCGACCAUUGAACCCUCCUCACUUUUGCAUCCUUUCGCCUCCAAAAUCGAUGGCUUCGGUCUUCAAAUUCCAACUAGAAGCACUGCAAAACCUUCGCAUGUUCGUCCCUUUUCCAUCCAAUGUUCAGUUCGUUUUCGACCUUGCAUUGAUAUACACAAGGGUAAAGUAAAGCAAAUUGUUGGGUCCACCCUUUCGGAUUCCAAGGAAGGAGGAUCAUCAUCAUCAGCAGCUCUUGUUACCAAUUUUGAGUCUGAUAAGCCGUCAGCUGAAUAUGCUAGGUUGUACAAAGAUGAUGGGCUUUUCGGUGGUCAUGUUAUCAUGCUUGGUGCUGACCCUUUGAGCCGAAAUGCUGCAGUCGAGGCCUUGCACGCUUUUCCUGGUGGUCUGCAGGUUGGAGGUGGGAUUAACUCUGAUAAUGCGCUAAGUUAUAUUGAAGAGGGAGCCAGCCAUGUCAUUGUAACAUCAUAUGUAUUCAACAACGGGCAAAUGGACCUUGAUAGGCUUAGGGAUCUGAUCCGUGUUGUUGGAAAACAGAGGCUUGUGUUAGAUUUGAGCUGCCGGAAGAAGGAAGGUAGAUAUGCUAUCGUAACUGACAGAUGGCAGAAGUUUAGCGAUGUAUAUGUUGACGAGCAGACUCUGGAAUUUCUCGCUGCCUAUGCUGAUGAGUUUUUGGUACAUGGUGUGGAUGUUGAAGGCAAAAAAUUGGGGAUCGACGAAGAGCUUGUUUCUUUGCUGGGAAGUUACUCACCAAUUCCAGUGACCUAUGCCGGUGGUGUGACAGUGAUGGAAGAUCUAGAAAGGAUAAAGGUGGCAGGAAAUGGGCGUGUUGAUGUAACUGUUGGUAGUGCUUUGAAUAUAUUUGGCGGUGGUUUGCUUUACGAGGAUGUCGUUGCAUGGCACCUUAAGCAGGAGUCUCUAACAGCUAGCCCCUCAUUAUGAUGUCUUUACUGGUUUUUAAAUUCCAUUUCUGAUGAAACAGUUCCCCUUUGCUCUCUCAACGACUUCCCUUAUUGAUAAAAAACUAACAAGAUAUUUCCAAUGUCAAUGUUAUUAUUCCUUGCCGUUCUUUUACUUCUCAUUUUGGAUGUUUUGCGCUAAAUCAUGCGUAUAUGUACGGCUUUCCCUUUUUAUGACUUAAGUAUGGUCAACUGAAUGGCUUAAAAUAUUGUCUUGUAAUUGUAUUUCUGGCUGUUAAGCCCGUGUCAGCUUGCUCACAUUUCUACGGGUUUAUACAAUGUUCAUGGCUGUGUAGUAAAAUUACAACAAUGGGUCGGAGAUUCUAAAUAUAUAUACUUUUUUCAUUCCUUCAA